UCUCUAAUCCCCGUGCUGAUCUUUACCCCCUCCUCCCCAUCUGCUAUGACCUUCCUUCCAGUGUGCAGACGGAGCCAGAGAGACGGACCCAGCAGGCUUCGCAGGCAGCCAGCCAGUCCGCCAGCAGAGCACCCCCGCCCCUGGCAGGUGUGGGCACCUUGCCCCCCAUGAUCCGAUGACCUCCACCAUCCCUCCUCAAAGUGCAUGAGGUCUGGUGCUUCCCCGAGCGGCUGAGCGGCAGCACUAAUCCCCGAGUGAGCAGCAGCAGCCAUGUCGGGCUCCUACGAUGAAUCUGCAGCUGCGGCAGAGGAAAUCACUGACAGCUUCUGGGAGGUGGGGAACUACAAGCGGACGGUGAAGCGGAUUGACGACGGGCACCGGCUGUGCAACGACCUGAUGAACUGCAUCCACGAGCGGGCCAAAAUCGAGAAGGCCUACGGCCAGCAGCUGAUUGACUGGUCCAAGCGGUGGAGGCAGCUUAUAGAGAAAGGCCCACAGUACGGCAGCCUGGAGAAGGCGUGGGGAGCCAUCAUGACGGAGGCAGACAAGGUGAGUGAGCUGCACCAGGAUGUGAAGAACAGCCUGCUGAAUGACGACUUUGAGAAGGUGAAGAACUGGCAGAAGGACGCCUACCACAAGCAGAUCAUGGGGGGCUUCAAGGAAGCCAAGGAGGCGGAGGACGGCUUCCGGAAAGCACAGAAACCCUGGGCCAAGAAACUCAAGGAGCUGGAAACUGCCAAGAAAGCCUAUCACCUGGCAUGCAAAGAGGAGAAGCUGGCAAUGACCCGGGAAGCCAACAGCAAGGCGGAGCAGUCCAUCACUCCGGACCAGCAGAAAAAGCUCCAGGACAAGGUGGAGAAAUGCAAGCAGGAUGUACAGAAGGCCCAAGAGAAGUACGAGAAGGUGCUGGACGAGCUGAACAAGUGCACCCCGCAGUACAUCGAGAACAUGGAGCAGGUCUUUGAGCAGUGCCAGCAGUUUGAGGAGAAGAGGCUCAACUUCCUGAAGGAGGUGCUGCUGGACAUCAAGCGGCACCUGAACCUGGCCGAGAACAACAGCUACGCGAACGUGUACCGGGAGCUGGAGCAGACCAUCCGCGGCUCGGAUGCCCAGGAGGAUCUCCGGUGGUUCCGCAGCAGCAGCGGCCCCGGGAUGCCCAUGAACUGGCCGCAGUUCGAGGAGUGGAACCCAGACCUGACACACACGAUAACGAGGAAAGAGAAGCCCAAGAAGCCUGAGGGGGUGACCCUGACUAACAUCACGGGGCCGGGCGAGCCAGCAGCACAGUCUGGGGACCGCGGCAGCGUGAGCAGCUACGACCGCAGCCAGCCCUACUCGUCUGAGUGGUCAGAUGAUGAAGGCAGCAACCCCUUCAGUGCCAACGAGGCCAAUGGCGGUGCCAACCCCUUCGAAGACGAGACGGCCGGGAAGGGGGUGCGUGUGCGGGCCCUGUAUGACUACGACGGGCAGGAGCAGGAUGAGCUGAGCUUCAAAGCAGGUGACGAACUAACCAAAUUAGGUGAAGAAGAUGAACAAGGAUGGUGCAAAGGGCGUCUGGACAACGGGCAACUUGGCCUCUACCCAGCCAACUACGUGGAGAGUAUCUAGUCGUGUGGCGUGCUCCUCAUUGCCGGCAGAAAAUAAACCGACCCUCCAUCGUCUCCAUCUCUAUACCAGCCAACCAGCCAUCUUGCCGUCCAGUCACUCACUCCGCACACUUAGAGAUUCAAGCAUAUUUUCCAACCAAGCUUUUAUUUUUUUAAGAGUCGUCUUUGAAGAGUAUUUUGCAUAGUAGGUUGUUUUUUUCCUCCUCCUUCUUCUAUGAUAAUGUGAAGCAAAAGGUCGACGUUGUCUGUUAUUUUUUCUUCUUUUCCUCAGAGCAAAAAGCCAAUACCUCAAGAGCUUAAAGCCCAAGCAACGAAGGCUUUUUUUCAGAGCUUCUGAUUGGUUGGGAUUUAAGGAUACUGGAAUCAUGAGCUGCCUCCUGAUUGGCUGAAACUGUUCCAAAAUGCAUGGCGCUUUAACUCCUGGGACCAAGCAAAUCCACCCUAUUCAAACAUAACCAAAUUAAAAUGGGAGGAAAUGGAGUUUAACCCUCUUUUAUUUAUUUCUACUUUUAUAGUCGUCUCCUCCUUCCUCCCCCAUUCAUCCCACCUCCAGUUUCUCCUUCCUUCAGGGAGGUCAAGGGAAAAAGCCCUCCCCUGC